AAAACUUCAAGCCACCCCACCAGGCUGCCUGCGAAAACAAAGCCGCGAGCAGAGACAUCUCAAAGCAACAAGACGACCCAAUACCCGCGACGACAUUCUCCAAAAUGGCUUCGCAAAGCGUGCUCAUGCUGGGCUCUGGCUUCGUGACCAGGCCCACGCUCGACGUCCUCUCUGAUGCCGGCAUCAAGGUGACAGUCGCUUGCAGGACGCUCGAGUCGGCCAAGAAGCUGUCGGCUGGCGUCAAGCUCUCCACGGCCAUUUCGCUCGACGUGACUGACGACGCGGCCCUCGACGCCGAGGUGGCCAAGCACGACCUGGUCAUCAGCCUGAUCCCCUACACCUUCCACGCCGCCGUCAUCAAGUCGGCCAUCCGCAAGAAGAAGCAUGUCGUCACCACCAGCUACGUCUCGCCCGCCAUGCUCGAACUCGACCAGGCGGCUAAGGACGCUAGAAUCACCGUCAUGAAUGAGAUUGGCCUCGACCCCGGUAUCGACCACCUCUACGCUAUCUCCACCAUCGAAAGCGUCCACAAGGCCGGCGGCAAGAUCCUGUCCUUCCUGUCCUACUGCGGAGGUCUUCCAGCCCCCGAGUCCUCGGGUAACCCCUUGGGCUACAAGUUCUCGUGGUCCUCGCGUGGCGUCCUCCUGGCCCUGAGGAAUGCGGCCAGCUUCUACCAGGGUGGCAAGGUCGUCAACGUUGCCGGUCCCGAACUGAUGGCUACUGCCAAGCCCUACCACAUCUACCCUGGCUUCAACUUUGUCGCGUACCCCAACCGCGACUCCACCCCUUACAAGGAGCGCUACAACAUCCCCGAGGCCGAGACUAUCGUCCGAGGUACCCUCCGGUACGGCGGCUUCCCCCAGUUCGUCAAGGUCCUCGUCGACAUCGGCUUCCUCAGCGACGACGAGCAGCCGUUCCUCAAGGAGGCCAUCCCCUGGCGCGAGGCCACCCAGAAGAUCGUGGCGGCCUCGUCGUCGUCCGAGGCCGACAUCGUCGGCGCCAUCGUAUCCAAGGCCUCGUUCGAGGACGCCGAGGAGCAGAAGAGGAUAGUGGCAGGCCUCAAGUGGCUCGGCGUCUUCUCCGACGCAAACAUCACCCCCAAGGGCAAUCCGCUUGACACGCUGUGCGCCACUCUCGAGGAGAAGAUGCAAUUUGAGGAGGGCGAGCGUGACCUGGUUAUGCUCCAGCACAAGUUCGAGAUCGAGAACAAGGACGGCUCCAGGGAGACGCGCACGUCGACGCUGUGCGAGUACGGCGCCCCCGUCGGCUCAGGCGGCUACUCGGCCAUGGCCAAGCUGGUCGGCGUGCCGUGCGGUGUCGCUGUCAAGUUUGUUCUCGACGGCACCAUCUCCGACAAGGGCGUGCUCGCUCCCAUGAACUCCAAGCUCAACGACCCACUGAUGAAGGAGCUCAAGGAGAAGUACGGCAUCGAGUGCAAGGAGAAGGUGGUUGGUUGAAAGAAGCACAUGGAGCGACAGAAAGGGCCGGAACCUAUAUGAUUUUGGGAUUUGGUAAAUGGAGCGGCGUUGAUCAGCAUCGAUUUGGCGGGGAUAAAUAAAAGCACAAUUGAUAAAAUAACUUAGGCUCCUGUUAGGUGACUGUGGUUAUGUGACGCGACUUCCGUUUCCA